UCCGCGUGCUUCCGCACAACAGCAGGUCAGCUGAUUCAAACGGCACGCGGAAACGAACUUUGGAUAUCAGUUCAGGUAGCUUCUCUGAGCACAGUCAGCGGGGCUGUCAUCCUCCGGAGGAAGUUAUGGCACAAAACGAGUCGUUAGUGGCGUUGAAUGGGACUCAAAUAUCUUACAUCGGACAUGACUGUACAGAGAUCCCAGACUUCCUUGGAGACACAUAUGGCCACUUUGCAAGAAGGCUGGAUCUAAGCUUCAAUCAGCUCAGGUCACUGGCAGGCCUCAAAAUGUUCACUGAGCUGGAAGAGCUGGUCGUCGACAACAAUCUUCUCGGAAAUGACCUCCGGUUUCCCAGGUUACCCAACCUCCACACUUUAACACUCAAUAAGAACCAACUGACUGAUAUCGAGGCCCUGCUGGAACACUUGGCUGAUGUGACCCCGUCACUGGAGUACCUAAGCCUGCUGGGAAACGAGGCCUGCCCCAACCAGCUGGUCAGCCCGGAUAAGGAUGAGGACGACUACCAGAGAUACAGGUACUUUGUUCUGCACAAGUUGCCCCACCUGAAGUUUCUAGACACAAGGAAAGUUACAAGAAAAGAGGUGAUGGAGGCGCAAGCAAGAGGAGCCUUCAUGAAGGUGGUCAAACCAAAAUCAGAAGCACUGCCCAUUGAGGCCGGAUCUGAGGGUCAGCAGCUGCCCUACACUCCUCUACCCCGAGGAUCCAGAGAUGCAAGAAACCACAAAGGGGUAUUCGCCAAGUGUCGCUACGUCUACUACGGCAAGCACUCAGAGGGCAACAGAUUCAUCCGGAACGACCAGCUCUGAUGGACGGCUGCUCAGGCACAAAGAGGGACAUGGAUGUGAAUGGGUGUUAACAGAAAGAAAAGGAUCAAAUCUAUCUCUUAUUUAUUAUAACCACUGCUGAUGUUUGUCUAUCUCCCUGGAAAAGAUUGUACUUAUACAAGCAUUAUGUUUAGAUUACUUUUUAGAGGUUUUUUGGGUCUCCUCUGCUGUGAUGGGUCCGCCUCUGCCUCCCUGCUUCCAGCUCAGAGUCAGAGAUGACACUCUCUCUGACAUGACUGCCUCCAAGCAACAGCAGCCGCACAACUGCAGACACGCACCACACAAACACAAACUCACAUAAGCAUAGUCUCUCUCUCUCUCUCCCUCUAUCUUCUUUUCUUCUCUUCUCUUACACAUGGUCAGUGACAAACAGACCUGGCCAAUUGCAUCCUUUUCUCUGACAGCCAUGAUGGAUCACCCGUCCACUACUGCCACUAAUCAAGGGUGAAAGGGGUGACGGUCACACACCUGGGGCCUGACAUGGACUCAUCUCUCUUCUUCUCUCCCUCUUUUACACUCACACCCUUACACACAUUACUGCUGUUGUAAAUAUUAAGACAUUGCAGUGACAGAAGGUGCCUUAGCUUGGCUAAAACCAUUCCUAUGAUCCUCAGUCAAAACUUGAAGCUUUCAAAGUGUCUCUUGUUUUGUCUAAGGCAGAGCCUAUAAUGCUUUUCCUCCCUUCUCUCCCCUUUUUAGAUGAACAUUAUUGAAUAAAUACACGUAUGUAUAUAUUAGCAUAUGUUAUUUUCUGAAAGAGAUAUAUUUAAAGCAGGUUUUUAAGACAAAAGCAUUCCAGUUUGAGCUUUAAUAAGGAUAGUGUUGUAGUUAAGUAUGCAUUUAGAGCAGUGGUUCUCAACUAGUGCAAGACAGUCUGGCUGCAGACUGCGGAUCUCCAACACCCCUCUUGCACUUGUGCAUUGAGAUGCUAAUAAAACUAAAAAAAAAAAAAAAGGUCAGAGGCCUUAUCUGGGAUUAAAUUAUGUAUAGACCUGUUUGAGGAGACAUGCGAACACUAGCUCCCUUUAGCUUAGUUAGCUUUGGCUAAAGCUACCAUAGAUACGCAAGCUACAUAGUUAAUGUUCCAACAUAAGACAAUGACUGUGUCCGAAAUCACUCCCUAUUCACUAUAUAGUGCACAAUAUAGUGAAUACACCAUUUUGUAGUGGUGUCCGAAUUCUGAGUGAGCAUUGUUAUUCACUAUAUAGUGCACUCAUUCUUUCCCAUAAUGCAUUGUGAAAAGUAGUGGACAACCGAUGUUCACUAGCCCAGCAAUAUUUACCAUAAUGCAUCACAGUUGCUGCUGUCAAACAUAAUGGACGAACAAGCGGAGCACAGGAGCAUAUAAAAACUUUUUAAAUGUUUUUUUGUUUGUUGGUUUUACCAAAUCUGUAGGAAAAUGUUAAGUAUUCAAAACGGAGUAACUUUUUUUCCACCUAUGGUGAUUACAAGACAUGAGACCAUCAUCUUUUUGCAAAAUAGGUCAUAAUACACACAAAAAGACACAAAACUUUUGAUCAACUACCAUAUUUAUUUUUUGUUAAAAUACAUUACGUUUAUUAUUACUUUUCAGUGAAAUUCUACUGUUAAUUUCAAUCGUUGUCAAGGAAAUUUACAAGCCGUUGUUGCUAAACGUUUUAAUUGUGAGACGGCGAUGACGUCAUUGCCCGCAGCUGGAGUAGUGUCCAAAAUCAUUUUUGUGUUUUGCAGUUGAGUCCACUAUAUAGUCCACUAUAUGCUGCUCACUAUAUAGUGGAUCGGGAGUAGGGAAUGAGUGUGUGGUUUCGGACCCAGCCAAUGUAUUUCAGUUAGCUUUAGCAAACAUAGCUAAAGCUAACGUAGCUUGAUGAGCUACAUAGAUAAUAUAGCUAUGUGGCUACAUAGCUUACAUUAGCUUUGUAGCUCGGUUUACAUAAUCAUGAGUUUCAUGAGGUAACCGUUAGCUACAUCAGCUACAUUAUCUACAUAGCUCUAUCAUCUAUGUAGCUUAUGCCGCUAAUGAAGCUACGUUUGCCAUGUUAGAAUUUUUUCAUUGAGGAUGAUUUUUUUUCCUUUAAGUAGACUGUUUACUUGGCUUUAUUUAACAUUUUGUAAUACAGUUUUACAGGUCAGGUUAUGAACCAGUUUUAUUUUGUAAGUUUUAGCAUGUAUUUUUGUUCUAACAGAGGUGGCAUCUCACAGGAACAGUCUGCGAGAGGGGUCUUCUGAGAGCUAUGGUCUGCAGCCAGACCCCUCUCAACUAGCGAGUCAGUACUUUAAUGUAGGCUGCAUAGCUGGCUAUUGAGUGAUUUGAAAAAGGUGGCAAAAAGCCUACGAAGCAGAUAAAUGCAUGUAUAUAUACAUGCAUUGUAUCUAUCAUUGUAUCUGUAUGUCUGUCUUGGCUAUUACACUCUUGAAAAAGAGAUUUUAAAAUCUGAACAAGGUUUAUGAGGUUAGAAAAAUUAAACAAAAUAAUUAACUCUGUUUUUCUGAUAGGUUGUUAAUGAGUUAAUUUCUUAGGUUCUCAAGAACUUAAAUGCUAUGGUGGGAUGCAGAGUAAAAUAAAAUAGAUAUCCCCCAGAGCUUCUGUAGUUUCUGUAGUGAUGUGUUUUCUUAAACAUGUCUUAGUUAAUCAUAUGUUUUUUUCCUUCUUAGGUUCAAACUGUGAAAUUUUUCAUUAAAUACAUUUGAUUGGACAUUUUGAAGAAAUCUGAGUUGCGGUUUCUCGUUAAGGAGGUGGUCAUAGUCCUGAUGCUUCACCAGUUGAGAACCACUGAUAUAGAGAACAUGAAAGAGAACAUGAAUAUGUAUUAUGGUGGUUUUUUACAAGUUUUUACCUUUACGCUUUCAGCUUGUGACGACCUACAACUGAAAUGUAUCAGUUUAAAAAGCAUUUUUUUUUUAAAUGUGUUGAUCCUAAGUUGAACUUUGAGCCUAGAGUUGUAAUAAAAGUCUUCUGUUUCUAUUAUAAUAGGGGUGUGAAGAGAUGAUGCCGUCAUGUCUGUUUACGUAAUGCUGUCGAUGACAACUGAUGAUGUUGUCCCAUUUCAUAGGGGAAGAUUCCACUUCUACGCCUUGUUACUCUCUUACAAGAGGAACAUAGUCUGUGUAGGUUCUCAUUCAUCCAGGUCAUGGUUAUCCAAAGCUUGGCCCAAAGGGGGCUGCUGGACUUGACUGAGGUUCUUGAAGACAUUUGUCUCUCCUCCAGAAGGCUUCUUCAGUUCAUAGAAGAAACAGCUUCAAUCAAUCAUGUUUUAUUUAUAUAGCACCAGUUCUUAACCAAAGUUAUCUCAAGACACUUCACAAAGAGGGCAGGUCUAGACCGUACCCUUUGAUGUAUCAUUAUACAGACCUAACUCUAAUCACCACAAGUGGAGUACUAGCAGUAUCAUUACAGUGGUGAAGAGAACCUGCCUUUUAAUGGGCAGGAACCUCAAGCAGAACCAGACUCAUGUUGACAGCUGUCUGCCAAAGCCAUGCU